AGGAAAGUUCGAUUUUUAAAAUAAUGUUGUGGGCAUCCUUUAUAUAUUAUUCCCGCUCAUUUUGAAAAUCCACAUUUUCUUCGAAUCCCUCCUAGGGUUUGUAAAUUCUUCUUCAUUCUCCAUUUCUGCAUUCAUGUAGUAACAUCUUUCUACAUUGUCACAACAAAAUGAGUGCUCCAAUGGAAAUCUCCAUGGUCAAAGCUGCUGAAGUCAACACCAGCGAGCAAAACGGUGUUGUUCCGGACCCUGCUCCACCCCCAUCACUCACAUUAUCUGAAGAAAAAGUUCUCGUUUCAGUUGAAGUUUGCUUGAAGCCUUCAAGUACAGUUCGCAUAGAUGAUGUUAGGUUAUCGGUUGAGAGAAUGCUAGAAAAGAGGAGUAUGAGCUAUGUGGAUGGUCCAAUUCCAGUUCCAAUUGAUGAUCUCUUUCUUGCUGAAAAUGUGCAGCACAUAUGUGUGUGUGACACAGAUGUCUGGCUGGAGAACCGAGAUAUCCUUCUGUUCUGGCAAGUAAAACCAGUCGUUCACGUAUUUCAGCUUAGCGAGGAAGGUCCAUGUGAGGAAUUAAGUGGGGAUGGCCAGCUUUCUACAUUUAAUGAAUGGAUUCUUCCUGCAAAAGAAUUUAAUGGAAUGUGGGAAAGCUUAAUAUACGAAUCUGGUCUCAAGCAGAGAUUGUUGCGAUAUGCAGCAAGUGCUUUGCUUUUCACUGAAAAGAGAGUUAAUUCAUUCCUUGUAUCCUGGAAUCGCAUUAUUCUUCUGCAUGGACCUCCAGGAACAGGGAAGACAUCUUUAUGCAAAGCAUUAGCACAAAAACUUUCCAUACGUUUUAGCUUUAGAUACUCACGAAGCCAAUUGGUCGAAGUCAAUGCACAUUCAUUGUUCAGUAAAUGGUUUUCUGAAAGUGGCAAGCUGGUUGCAAAGCUGUUCUCGAAGAUUCAAGAAAUGGUAGAGGAAGAACACAAUCUGGUAUUUGUUUUGAUUGAUGAAGUUGAAAGCCUCGCUGCUGCUAGAAAAGCUGCUUUGUCUGGCUCUGAACCUUCAGAUUCUAUCAGGGUUGUGAACGCUCUGUUGACCCAGCUUGACAAGUUGAAGUCCGCGCCAAAUGUCAUAAUUCUGACUACGUCCAAUAUCACUGCUGCUAUUGAUAUAGCUUUUGUGGAUCGUGCUGACAUUAAGGCAUAUGUUGGACCACCUACUCUUCAAGCACGUUAUGAGAUACUCCGAUCAUGCUUGCAAGAGCUAUUGCGUACUGGAAUUUUGUCAAAUUCGCAGGAUGGAGGUCACCUUGUUCUUCCAAAUUUUGCUAGUUUGAAGGAGAACUUGAGUGAAGUAGUUUCAACUGAGUCUCAAAUGUCUCCACAUCUUGGUAAACUAUUGCUUGAAGCUGCAGAGGCCUGUGAGGGUAUGAGUGGAAGAUCACUUAGAAAGCUACCGUUCUUGGCACAUGCUGCACUUGCUAAUCCUUACAGUUGUGAACCUGGCAAAUUUUUGCAUGUAAUGAUGCAAACAGCUAAAAGAGAGCGUUCAGAGCUGUCCGUGUGAAUUUUUUCCAUUCAUUGUCAAAAUCCUGGUUCUGUUACCCUGUUACCAAACUCAACUGUAGAGCAAGUGGGAUGACUAGCACUAGUAAAAUGCCGAGAGAUUGUCAUAUCCAUGCUUACCUGAGCCAGACAGAAACAAGCUCUUUGUUACUAUCUCUUUGGGAAGAGUUUAAAGGUUUCUGGGCAAUGUGAAUCGUGUUACAGCCAUAUAUUUGAAAGUUAUCGCUGAUAGGUAUUCUUCCAUGUUGUAACAUCCAUUGCGCUACGAGCUGCAUAUAUGAAAGUUGAGCUGAUAAAUGCCAUAUGUAUAUCAUAUCUCCAUCAGAUAUUGGUCGAAUUAGUCAUCUUGGGGCGAAUUAGCUUUGGUUUACCAAGCAAGGUUAAGCAGUCAUAACACUCUGAUUAUGUCCAGGCACUGAGCUUUGGAAAGUUGAUAAUAGACCCCGUCUUAUUUUGGCAUCACCCAAUUGUUGCAUAUUAGUGAGAAAAGUUUAUCCAUUCUCAGCUAAAAUAUUCUAUUUUUUGGACUAUCUAUAUAUAAAUUAGGGUAAUUAAGUGAGUUUAAGUUUUAUUGACUGCGGAGUAAAGAAAUUUGCAUAAUCAUGUCUCUCAAAGGGUAAUUUGUAUACCAAUGUUUACUCAAGUUCGUAACUUAGAAGAAGGAAGAAUAGCUUGGUGGAGUUUGCAUUUUGCAACCAAUCGAGGAAACUAUUUUGGAACGGGAAGCGUGAUGAUAUUACAAUUUCUUAAAAAGAUGAGAUCAUAAGGGCUGCGUAGAUUAUCGUCUCCAAAAGUGUUUUUUGGGUGAGGUGUACCAAAAAGCUUUGCGGUACAAAUGAAAGACAUAUAUGCUAUUUAAGAUCUUUAUUAAUAA